UUCUUUUGCUAUUUUAACCUUAUAAAUUACCGUGCUUACUGGGUUGCUUCUCUAAAUGUUCAACAGGAUAUUCGCAGGAGUCCUGUGAGAGAUAGGGAUAGAAAACGUGACAGUCACAUAUACAGGGAGAGGGACUAUGACUGUGAUUAUGACCGUGACUAUGAUAAAGAUCGUGGAAGAGGGCGAGAUAGAGAUAGGGACAGAGAUAGGGAUAGAGACCGAGAUAGAGAUCGGGACCGAGACAGGGACCGAGACCGUUAUCGCAUCAGAGAAGAGGAGUAUGGCUGUGAUAGAGACAGAGAAGGUAGAGAAUGGGAUAGGCGUGACAGAGAUCGCAGGCGAAGGAGUCGCUCUAGAAGCCAGAGUAGGAGUAAGGAUAGCAAGGAUUGUGAUGGUGACCGUAAGAGGCAUGGUAGAAGUCUCAGUCCCAGAAGGCACGGAGAUGAGGACAAUGGUGCACGUGAGGAGACAAAGAAGAAGAAGAAAGAAAAGGAGAAGAAGGGUGAUGGAACCGACCAUCCUGAUCCAGAAAUUGCUGAAGCAAACAAACUUCGUGCAAAACUUGGGUUAAAACCAUUAAAGUUAUAGAUUCAUAUAAAUUCAUGUGGUUGCAUUUUGAUUGUUUUUUUUUUUUUUUUUUUUUUUUUCUGUUAUGGUCAGGAUUAUGUACUUUCUGUGUUUUCUAUGCUGAAGUAUAAUGUAUCCGGCCAAAGGUGUAUAACCCAUCUCUCAAAUAUGUGUAUGAUUCUAUUUCACCAACUUCCAUCUAAAUGUGUGCUGUAUAAUCUCUUCCAAGAUAGUUUAGGGUUUAACUCUUGAGAGAAAAUUCCCUUAUACUUAACUCGUAUCUCUAAAAAAAAAAAAAAAAAAAAAAAAAACAUCUUCUGAUGAUGUUUUCCUGUCAGCUCAUCAAGUAUUACAAAUUGCCUCUGAUAUUAUGUUAUUGAGGAAUCUACAUUCUUUGAGACUCUAGUAAUAAUUUCACAGUUUACUGUUUCACAAAAACUUCACCAAGUUUCCUGACUUAAGCAGUUUCAUCCUCAAAUUGCGCUCAUAUGAUUUGACUACCGAGACCAAGAUCUGAUUGUCUUUGUGUUAUGAUGCAUUAAAGCUGUGAAGUUGGACAAUUUUUG